AUGCAGCGCUCUGUCUGCUUCAUCGCCAAGGCCACCGGCGUCGCGGCGGCGUGCCUGCUCGCCUACCACGGCCUCCAACUGUAUUACAAAAACGACAUCACCAUCUACGUGACGGAGGUCGUGCAUCUGCCGGAGAUGACCGGGCGACGUCGCCGUCCGCAGACGGACUCAACCCUCACCUUAGCGAUUGAAGGCAAAGUGGAGAUGGAGACGUGCCUCAUGAACAGCUAUCGUUUUUUGUUGAAGCUAGCGGGGCAUGUGCGGACAGCCUUUCCCGACUCCGGCAAGUCCUCGUCGUCCACGCGAAAUCUACGUGGAACCCGACACCGUGUGCUCUCCCUCCAAGCAGGCGGCACCUACACCAGCUUCCGCGAUGAUGACUCGGCGAGUAAUAGCAGCAUCACGGGGGGUCGAAAGCACGGCCCUACCCUGCUGAUCACCGCCGUCGACCCGGUCGUAGACGCCUACGAGGCGGAGAGCAGUGGCCUCCUCACCUUCACCCCUGCGUGUGUCGGCGACGGCCUGCUGUGUCGUUACUCCUGCGUCGUGGGCGGCGCCACGGGCGACGAGGUGAGCAGCAGCAGCGGCUCUCCCACAGCGCCGUUGUCCUCCGCACCUCGCCGGGUCUUGCAGGACGGCGAUAGCGGCCUCGGCAGCAUCUUCGUCCGUAGCUGCUUUCUAGAAUCGGACGGCGAAACGGCGUACUGCCAGCGCCUCACGAUGGAGUUGGAGUUUAUGCAGCCCGUCUUCGGGGCGCGUGUUGUGAUUCGGCUCCCCAGUAAGUACUGCCGAGUUCAGCGUGGGAGCACUGGUGGGGUGGGCACGGUAACCCAGCUCCUGCACCAACCACGGAAGUGGGUCUGGGACAUCGGCGAAGUGACGGAGGCGAUGUGUGGCGUUCCUGCAGUUGACGGCGCCGUCGGUGGGGCGGGGGCGGUGGCUUCUGUGGAGGAGCUCAUGCCCGGCGCCAUAGUGCCUGCCGUGGACACCGCCAGUGCCCGGCUGGAGCUCGUCUUUGAGCAGCCACCGCCCGGGAUUUCCUUCGGAGAGGAAGACGACGCCGACCCGAGCGACGACAGCGACGACGAGCAGGACGAUGAAAAUCGGUUUAGCAGCCCCGUCAGCAGCGUCAAGUCCGGCUCCGCGAAGCGCCGCACGCGGUCGACAGCGAAGACGGCGCGCUGGUUGGGUGGCUCCUCCGGCAGCUCGCCUUCCUCCCCGGCCGCCGGUACAAAGCUGUCCGGCCGUGCCCGCAAGCGACAAGAGCGGGCGCGUCUUCGGGAAGGCAGCAGCAGCGCCGAGGUGCGCUCCCGCGGGGGCACCAGCAACGACGACGUGCCGUACGUUGAGGUCGUCUUCAGCGUCAAUGAGCUCCUCUCUGGCACGGCGGUGAAGAAGCUGCAGGUGCUGCAGGAAGCUCCCAACUGGACGCCGCGCAGUCGCCUCGACCGCCUCCUUCUCCGGCGCCUUAUCCCGAGUUUAGAAACGAUGAAACUGAGAAAGCUGGCACACUACACGACGUGGAUCGUUCAGCCCGUGGUGCUCUCGCAGUUGUGA